AUGGACCAGCCGGUGGUCCGUCUCGAUCGGAUGCAGCCGGGGGUCGCCGUGAUCACUCUCGACCGGCCCGAGGUGCGCAACGCGGUGAACUGGCAGAGCUGGCGCGAGCUCGGCGCGGCGCUCGGUGAGGUGUCGGCGGACCCGGACUGUCGCGCGCUCGUCCUGACCGGCACCGGCGGGGCCUUCUGCGCCGGCGGCGACGUCAAGUCCUCGCCGGCCCACGGCCACGGCCUCGGCGCGCCCGUCGCCCGCCUCACGCUCGGGCACCAGGUGCUGCGCGACCUGAUCCGAGUGCCGAUGCCGGUCCUCGCGGCCGUCGAGGGGCCGGCCGUGGGGGUCGGAUGGAGCUUGGCGCUGGCCUGCGACCUCGUCGUGGCCGCCGACGACGCGGUCUUCGGCGCGCCGUUCGUCCUGCGUGGGCUGGUGCCCGACGGCGGGGCGGGGUGGUUCCUCACCCGCCUCAUCGGUCGGCAUCGCGCCGCUCGACUCCUCCUCACCGGCGAGCGGGUCCCCGCCCGGGCAGCCGCCGACGCGGGGCUGGUCACCCAGCUCGCGUCGCCCGGAGAGGCUCUCCCCGAAGCUCUGGAGCUGGCGGCGACGCUCGCCCGCGGGGCUCCCGAGGCCCUCCGCCUGACCAAGGGGCUCGUGCGGGCCGCCGAGGAUCUCCCGCUCGACCGCUACCUCGAGAUGGAGUGGCUCUCGGCCACCCUCGACUCCACGGGGCCCGACCCGGUCGAGGGCCGGGCCGCGUUCGUGGAGAAGCGCGAGCCCGACUUCUCCCGGCUGCGCGAGCUGCCUCCGCGCUGA